AUGGCGUACGGCGCGUCAAAGAAGAACAAGAAACAGGCUGCGAAGAAGGCUGCCGAGCCGGCCAAGGCGCCUGCUGCGGCGGCUGGCACGCAGGAGGACGACGAUGAGAUGCCACCUCUCGAAGAGGUCGUGGACGCGACGCCCAAAUCGAGCACUGGAGGCGCGAAAGCGGACGACGGAGACGACUCGGACGCGAGCAUGCCGCCGUUGACGGAUGAAGCCGGCCCGCCUCCCUCUUUGCGCAACCCCGACUUCUCGCACGGCAAGACCGAGUCCCGCCUGUUCAACUUUGAUGCGUUCGAGGGUAUCGAGGGAGCGUACAAGCAUCUGGGAAUGGAUCCGAGGCUCAGCGAUCAGGCUGUCAGGGUCCAGGCGGACAAGAUCAUGGCGGGAGAAGUCCGUCUCGCCUUCGGUUCCUUCAGCCUUUCGUCGCUGAUCCACCUCUUCCACCGCUCGCAGCGCGCAUCGGAUCGCGGCGGAAAAGACACGUCGUCUCGCCUCGCCGCCCUCCUCGUUAUAGUCUGCUCGCGCGUCCCUUCGCUCCAAGCCGUCCAAACUCCCUCGACACUAAACACUCUCGCCCGCACUCUGCGUCUCCUUUACCUUUCCGAAGCGCAGCUCCAUCUCACCGACAUUCGCCUUCCCCUCCCGCCUGGCGCUGUCGUCCCCUCCGACGUGGACAUCCGCUGCGACGACAUCGCCCUUACGCAACUCUCCGACGAACGUCUCGCACACGAUCGCACGAGGGACCGUCUCCGUCAGUCGCAGCUUCAAGUCGAGAAGGCGACUUCUGCGACGUCGGCGGCGAAGAGCAAGGCGGACAAGGCGGAAGGCGAAGCGAAAAGUCUGAGGAAAGAGUUGGGACAGGUCAAGAGCGAGAUGGCUGAGUUCAAGGUCGAAAUCAAGGAGGGGUAUGCGGCGAAAGAGAAGGUCGAGAAGGAGCGCGAUGAGCUGAAGGACGAGGUUGAACGGCUGAAGAAGGAGGUCCAAGCCUCGCCCGCUCCUUCGCUCGUCUCGUCCAUCUCGUCCGACAAGAAAGACUUUGUCAUCCAACGCCUGUCCAAGCAAGUCCAGGAGCUCACGAAGCAGGUCAAGCAGAAGAACGACGAGAAUCUCAAGCUCAUGCUGCAGCUCGGCGGGAUGGGCCUCGAUGAUGCGGCAGUGUAG